AUGAAAGUUAUUCCACAGUUAGUUUUAAUUGUUAUACCGUGCUUGAUCCUCACGGAAGCCAACAACGGCCACGACGAUGGUUUAUCGGUGGUCCGUACCUCCGACACACGGGUCACAGACCGGAGGCGAUUGUCCGAGUUUGAACGGGAUUUAGUGAUAGACGCUAUCGAAACGGCAGGUUAUCCCAGUGACCUCCACGUAGUCACAACCCAGGAUGGCUAUAUCCUCAAGCUUCACCGCAUCCCGGAUCCUUCCCUUGAUUCGACCGAUAACUCGGGGCGGGGCUGCUCGAGUAAUCAUCAGUUCACCUGUUUUCAGGGAGUUGUUCUUUUAAUGCAUGGCUUGUUUUCGACGGCAGCGGAUUUCGUUGUGACCGGGCCGGAAAAUGGGCUCGCGUUUAUUCUCGCCGAUGCCGGAUAUGAUGUUUGGAUGGGAAAUGCCCGGGGAACGCGCUUCUCGCGGCAGAACCUACACGUUAGCGCGAAAUCUGGCCAGUUUUGGGAUUUCAGCUGGCACGAAAUCGGCACUAGCGACCUGCCGGCAACCAUCGACUACAUCCUGCGGAAAACGAGACAACGCAAGCUGUACUACAUUGGCCACAAUCAGGGCGUGACGGCGAUACUCGCACUUCUGGCGGAGAAGCCAAAGUAUAACCAAAAAAUCUCCGGGGUGGCUGCAAUGGCCCCAAUCGCGUAUUUAGGAAAUGGUGAAAGCAGAGGAAUUUUAAGAAGCCUAGCGAAGUUUAACGACCAAAUUUGGGUUACAAUGAAUGCACUCAACAUCUUUGAGUUAACACCAUCGGAAGGAAUUAUGAAAUUCAUAUCCAACAUAAUUUGCUCCGAAGAAUCGCUCACUCGUGAGGUAUGUUCCGAUCUGUUGGCGGAAAUGUUCGGGUACACCUCAGAACAAGCCAAACAGCUGCUUCCGGGUGUGGUGGAGAAUUGGAUGACGGGCAUUUCAUCCAAACAACUUGUUCACUAUGGACAACUCAUGCAAUCAAAAAAAUUUCAGCAAUUCGAUUAUAAAAAUUUCGUCACCAAUAUGCAACGCUACAAGUUUGGAAAACCACCGGAAUACAACUUAUCCAAGAUCUCCGUUCCAUGGAUUCUGUUCUACGGUACGAAGGAUUUCUUUACCUCAUCUGUGGAUUUCAAAAUGAUAACCAAAGCGCUACCAAAUGUAAAACAUUAUUUCGAACUGCCGAACUGGACACACAUAGAUUUCAUAUAUAAUGCGCAAAUCUACGCUCAGGUCUACAGUAGGAUUAUCCAAACAAUGCGCAAUAGCGCUCGUUGA